UCUGCAUGACCAAUGAGGGCCAGCCUUGGGUUUCUCUUGUGGUGCGGAAGACCCGUCUACAGGUCUCUCAGGACCCCUCUCUGAACUAUGAGUACUUGCCCAUGGUGGGCAUGAAGUCAUUCAUCCAGGCCUCCUUGGAACUCCUCCUUGGAAAGCACAACCAAGCUAUUGUGGAGAAAAGGGUUGGGGGUGUGCACACCGUAGGUGACAGUGGGGCCUUCAAGCUUGGGGCCCAGUUCCUCAGGACUUGGCAUAGGAAUUCACAGGUCGUUUGUAUAGUCUCCUGUCAAAAAGAACUGUAUGGCCUCGUCUUCCAGGACAUGGGCUUUAUAGUUUAUGAAUACUCCAUCUGGAGCCCCCAGGAGCUGUGCUCAGACCCUGGCAGGUUCUUCGAAGUGAUAGAGCAUAUCCCAGCUGACAGCAUCCUUGUGAUUGGGAACAUUGUUGACUGCAGGCUGACACAGAGUCAGUGGGCAAAGCUGAUGUCGACCAUUAAGAGCAAGCGCAUAUUCCCAUUUUUUGAUGUUCCCUGUCAAGGCUUAGCCACUGGUGACCUGGAAGAAGACGUUAGACUCUUACGAUACUUUGUGUCUCUAGGCUUUGAGUUCUUCUGCAGCCAGUCUCUGUCCAAGAACUUUGGCAUUUAUGGUGUGGUGUGGCGGAGGGAGCAGGGAAACGGGGAGCUGAGUUGGUGCCACCUCUGUAACACAAGGACUUCAUUUUGUUUUUUCAUAUUUAAGAAGCAGAGUCUAAAAGCAGUUGUGGAGAACAUCAUGCUGGUUAAGGAAAAGGUGAAGGAGAAGCUCCGGCUGCUGGGCACCCCUGGGUCCUGGAAUCAUAUCACUGAACAGAGUGGGACUCAUGGCUAUCUGGAACUGAACCACCAGCAGGUGGAGUUCCUGAUCAAGAAGAAGCAUAUCUACAUCCCCAAGAACAGUAGGAUCAACUUCACCUGCAUCAACGCCAGGAACAUAGACUACAUCACGCAGAGCAUCCACGAGGCUGUGAUGCUAACCCAAGACCGAGAUCUUCUGAAAAUGACCCAGUUGGAAUAAAGCUUUUGUC